GAUGGCACGAACAUCUCUGCAAUGGCUGAUCUUUCUGACUUCACUGCUGAGCAGCACCACAAACCAAGUCUCUCUGACUGUGAGUCCCAGCAGCUCUAAACUGUUUGAAGGACAGUCUGUCUCUCUGAGCUGUGAGGAGGACGACAGCUCUGCUGGAUGGACUCUGAGGAGGGACACAACCAGAGAAACCAGGACUCAGUGUGGACCUGAUUGGGGAAUAUCUGCUGGUUCUUCCUGUAACAUCAGCUACAUGGACCCACUGGAGAGUGGAGUUUACUGGUGUGAGUCCAGAGAGGGAGCAACCAGUAACAGAAUCAGCAUCAGUGUCACUGUUCUGAAUUCACUGCUGAGCAUCACCACAGACCAAGACCCAGAAGAGAUAACAGGGAAGGCUGGAGAGGAUGUCACUCUUCAGUGUCGGGAUCAUAGAGGUGGUGACAUUGGAAAGUUAGUGUGGAGCAGAACUGACCUGGGGUCAGACGGUUACGUCUUCUUCUUCAGAGAAAACCGCCCCUAUGAAUACUUGCAGCUCCCCUCAUAUCGUGGUCGAGUGACCCUUAGCGAUCCGGAGAUGAAGGACGGAGACGUUUCUGUUGUUCUGAAGAACGUCAGCGUCAACGACACCGGAACAUACCAGUGUCGAGUUACAAACGGUGAAGGAGACAAGCACAUCAACACCACCAAGCUGACCGUCCCAGAUCACACAGAUGGAGACGCUGAUGGAAAUCGUCAGUGGGUAGUUGGUGUGGUUGCUGGGCUUGUUGUUGCUGGGCUUGUUGUAUUUUUUUGUAAAAUACAAAAUACUCAGUGUUUAAUUUUAGCCAGAAAAUAUUGGAACAUCCUCCGAGGUUGGAUCCGGAACCUUUUUUAAUUGGAUCCGGUGUUCUGUCGAUGUAGCAUACUUUGUCAGAAUAGCAUACCGGAAGUUUAGUUUUAUAGCGGGGUCUGUCAAUUUGGCCUACUUUGUCAAAACAGCAUACCAGUGUUUGUGAAGGGUAUGCUGUUUUGAUAACCCCUGGU